GCCACCAAUCUCAAACUGGCCUCGUGCGCACGGUAGGGUGGUGGCUACGUGUUGCCAUGGGUUAUGGGGACCGGUCGGGGGGGGACGGCGGCAGAGGAUGAGGACGAGGAGGGAGAUGUGGAGCCCGAGGUGUGGGGAGCGCGACCUGCUGGCAGUGUUCCCGAGCAGGAGAUCCAGCGGCAGAUUGUCGCUUUCCAUGACAGCCGACCGUCCAGAGCCCAUUCGGUUUGGGACGUAUUUGGCAUCAGGGCGACGGAGCUGCGACCUUGGCCAGAGGGUGGGGAUGAUGUGGACGGUGCUGCGGCAGACGACGACAUCAACGACGAGUGGACAGACGAUGAUGACACGCCGCUGAGUGCCGACCCGACGACUGAGCGGGUGUACUUCACUUACGGUGGGGGUCAUGAUGGCAUGGAUUCAUUCACAUUAGUUAUCACUAGUGGUGUGUCGUCGACCGCACAGGCGAGUGGCAGCAGCAGAGCCGGUGGUGGUCGUGGAGGACGUUCGCAUGCGGAGGUUGGCGUCGACGACUUGGGGGUGCAGCAGCCACGGGGAGGUCUUCGACAGACAGGCAGGCGUUGGGAGGUUAGGAGUGACAGUGAGGCCGAGGGGGAGACCGAGGAUGAGGAGGUGCCCCUUCGCGAUCGUCGCUUCUCUCCCUCCCAUCAUCCAAUCUCUGCACGGCCCGAGGCACUUAGGCGUUCGGAGAGGUUGGCGUCGGCAGCAGGCAGAGACCGGACACAUGACGGCGAGGAUCGUGGGGGGGAGAGGACUCCUUCCAACGCCGGUAUCCGGCCCCGCUCGUCGUCGGUGCUCCGCACAGACGACUUUGACGUCGUAGGGCUUGGUGGGAGCUUGGGAGAUUUCAGUGUCGAGGGACGUCAACGUGCCUCACCGUCGGAUGUGCGCACCAACGCGGACGUUGUGCGGGGCCCUGUUGAGACUGAGGAGGAGAGGGAUGCCCGUUUGGACCAAGAGGAGGAGGAGCAGCUGGGGAGUUUGCCACGAUGGGAGGGUCGGUUUGCGUAUCUUGACAAGCAACGUCGACAGAGGGAGAUGGAGACAGGAGGGGGGGGAGGCCGUGACGUCAAUGACUCGGGUGUCCCUGAGGAGGCAGUUCAGGGGGAGUUCGAUGAUGAGGGACAGGAUGCCGCCGCAGGUGGUGGGUCAGGUGGUGGACGACGCGGCGACGAGGAGACCGCGGGUGAUGAGGGGCAGGAUUUUGUCGUGGGCGGUGGGUCCCCUAGUGGGGGACGUGGCGACAGCGAGACCGCGGGUGAUGAGGGACAAGGUGGCGCCGUGUGUGGCAGAGGAGAGGGUGGACCCGGUGGAGAUGGGGAUACCGCGGGUGUCGGUGGAGACGAUGGACCGGACGGAGAUGAUGACGACGACCACGGUCCCGAGGACGAUGAGGAUAGGCUCGCCUUGGCGUUGAGGGACCCCACAGUACCUCCCUUGCGCCCUGACGACACAGCGCACACUUUCUUCGACGUCAACACUUUGGCCCAAGCGUUGACGGAUGACCCUUUCGCAUACGUGAGCCGCAAGAGCGGCAAGAGGCGGGCCCCUGGGAGGGUAUAUUCAUCGCCGUCGUUCGUGGUGCAGAGCCCUCACUGGUCGGGUUCGUCGCUCAGCGGCGUGAGAGGGAGGGAGUCCGGAGUGGGUGAGGUGGGGUCCAGCAGACGCAGCGACGGCGACAGAGAUAGUGCAGGAUCGAUGCCUCCACCGCCCGCACGGACUCCGGAGGGCAAGGUCGACACCGGGGACCGGACGGCGGCACCCGGAGUUGCGCACAGUGGCGGAUCCCUGCCGACAGUCUGAGGUGGUGUGGGUGGCGGAUGGUCAGCUGUUCGUCGGGUCGGGGACCGGUUGCGGGCGGAUUACGACGACGGGAGGGGCGUCGUCACGGGACGUA